AUGGAGGUCCUUCAAGCAUUUCGCCCCUUACCUCGAGGUGUUUUCAAAGUGCCUAAAGCGGUAAUUCAACACCAACCGAACCCAAGACAGAUGGAUGUUGCUCAACACAUGGCGAUGGGUGGUAUGGUCAUAGAGCGUGACGAUGAUGACCUUCCCGUUGAGUUUGGGGGGGAAAUGCAAACCUUACGGAACCAGGAAAUGGAAAGAGAUCUCUACCGUUCUUAUUUUGCACGCUUCGAUAAUUUCAUUUAUAGUCGUCCUGCUAAAAGGUAUCUCGAUGAUUUGAAUACCAACGGUUCUAGUAGCGCCGACAACUGUAGUGGUGACGUGUCAGGGGAAAGCAAUUCUAACAUCAUAAUCGGUGACGAUAACCCCCUUGCUCUCCCAGGUCCGAAUCGCAUCACAGUCGGCGUUGAAUUUGAGUUAUCGCUCGCUGUGUCGAGGAGCUGGUCAGGCUUACAAGAUCCUCAUCCAAACGAUGGUCGAUGGCAGAGUGAGAAUCUCAUACCCGAAGAUGAAACGGAUCCAUUCUAUCGCCUUUCGCUCCGUAAUCUGGUAAUUGACACGCUCAGACGACACGGGCUGGUAGCAAGCAAGACGAAGGAAAUGGAAAUUGGACUCGAUGGCGGAGAAAGAGGUUGGCUACAAGAUCUCAAUGAUGGUAGAUCCUGUCCGAACCUACCAACACUGAUGCUUUGGCAGCCAUAUUAUCGGUGGGACCAACGGAAAAGCCGUUCAGAAAACUGCAUUUUAGCUGCUCGAGAUAUGAGUACUCAGUUCAUCACAUUUCACGACAACAAUGGCCUCGAACUUCAUAGAACGAGGGACCAAACCAUAGAAGACUUUUCAAUCCAGAAACUCCCACUCUCUGUACAUGGCCUAGAUCGCAGUAUCAGACAUGACGAGCAGGUCAAUAUUCGUGGGGAGAUAGCACAAAACUGGCUGGAUAUAAUUAGACAUUACCAAGAUGGCCUGGAGGCAGCCGAGGAAGGGUCCGUUGAUAGCAAGUGCAUCCAAGUCCCCGGAGCAGACCCAAAGUAUUUUUCGUGGACAUGUACAGUCGAUGAAAGCAUGGCAGUUAGUGAAGUGCUUCCGCGACACUAUGAGAUACCAGGUGACUCAAUUCUACCUCCAGCCAAUCCAUCCAUCACGCUCAUGCCACGUCCUCCACAGUUGUACAAAUGGUGGCCAGGGGAGGUAAAAUCUCCCAUCUACGAUUACGACGACCCGGCAACUUUGGAAACCCUACGCAAAGCUUGUGCGGCUCUUCGAAAUACUUAUCGGAUUCAUAAACCUAUGGCGGUUACCGAAACGGGAUUGCACAUCCACUUUGGCCAGGAAAAUGGCUGGACGCUUUUGCAGCUUAAAAAGUUCACAACGUUUUGGCUGCUCGCGGAACAGUUCCUCGAGACACUGCACCGCGAAGAGCGGUCUAAAGGCAACAUUUACGCCUUGCCUCUACGAGAUUCCUGCUCAAUUAGCGCCGCGCUCUUUCGACACGAAGAGGAUCCUCGCGUCAGGGAAAAUCUUCCUACCACGAGGAAUAGAGAUCCACAACGAUCCUACGAGUAUACCCAGCUCAUGAAUAUGCAUGUGCCAGUUGACCUCCCAGCGGAGGCCGAUUUUCCUCAGGCGUUGCGGGAAAUCAUUACUGAGGUUUGGCAGUAUGAUACAAUCACUGGCUUAAGUCAUGGGAUGACCUGUUCCGAAGAGGGAGACUACGGGUCCGUGAUGUAUCGCGUCAGGGGCAAUAAACGCACCGGUAGUGAACCUGGUGUUAUGCAGACACUGGAAGUGAGAUCUAUGCAGGGAACGUUAGAUGCCGAUCACGUCUGGAGGUGGAUGAGUAUCUGCCAGGGCAUGAUCAGAUUUUGCAGGGACUCUACCCCCGAAGAAUUCAACGAUGGGCUGCGGAAAUGGGCUUUGGCUACAGAGACCCUAGCGAAAGUCAUUGGAGUCCCAGAAGAGUAUUUCGCAUGGUUUGAGGAGCGGAAAAACGAGAGAGGAUAUUUCGCAUACCCCGAUGCAGACAGAGUAAACUGGGCUGACCCAUUCAUGGUGCCCGGGUUCGCAGACGUGUAUGAAGGGCUCAGUACCCUGUAG